AUGUUUAAUUGUUCGAGUUAUUCGUUACCAAAUGAUAGCGUUUGUAUGGAACAACCGGAAGAAAUGUUAAAACCGUGGAAAACUCAUCCGAUGUUUUUCGAAAUAAUUAUAAUACACGUUAUAAUAUUUGUUUUUGGUGUUUUUGGUAAUGUUAUUGUUAUCGUCGUUAUGGCGGGUGAUAGAAAAUUCAGGAGUGCGACAAAUUUUUUUCUUGUAAGUUUAGCUUUUGGUGAUUUAUUAAUGUUAUGCGUUUACGGUCCUCUCGAAACGUAUACACAUUUCGUCAUAAAAUGGGAUGAAACGGGAGCCAUUUGCAAGACGGCUAAAUUUGCCGAAUUGGUAUCGGCAACAUCAUCCGUUCUUAAUCUUCUUGCCGUCACGCUCGAAAGGUUCAUAGUUAUUGUUUUCCCAAUGAAAUCUCAAACUUUUUGCACCGUCAGCAACAUGAUAAAAGCUGUUUUAAGUGUUUGGCUUCUUUCUUUGAUAUUUGCAUUUCCUGUUGUUUUAACGACGAGCACGUAUCAAAUAACAUUUACAAAUAACGUAACGAGUUUGACACUUAAUUACUGUACUAAUUCCGGUGAUUCUCCUGAUUUUGUCGUCUAUCAAUUUUUUAUUAUAUUUUUUAUACCGAGCAUAACGAUGACCGUUUGUUAUUCUCUUGUUAUAAGAGAACUUUGGGUGAUAAAAAUGCUCAUAUUAGUGAUAAUAUUAUUUUAUUUAUGUUGGGGUCCUCGGGUUUGCAUGGACAUGCUACAAAAAUUUAAUUUCAUACCAUUCAAUCAAUCCGUAUAUAAAAUGAGAAUCAUAUUCAACGUCAUGACGUUUUUCCACGGAUGCAUAAAUCCAUUUAUUUAUUCGUUUAUGAGUAAAAAUUUCAGAGGAAGAUUAAUUAAAUAUAUUGAAAAAUGUGGAUGUUUAAAAUCUCAUUGGUCGAACAAAACAUCGAAUCAAACGACAAUUUCUGGUUCAUUGAGAUCUCAAAAAAGAUCUUAUUCUUGUAGGAGCGAUUUCGAUGGUAAACACGGUCGUCCAACAAAAAUUUAUGGUUCUUUUUUUUCAUGCGAAACUAAAACAACCGAUUUAGAAAGCAUAACUAAUUUACAAUCAACCUUUUCUUAA